CAAAAGUUCUGUCCUUGUGCAAGACCCACUUUUCCUUUUCAGUUGGAAACAUUCUCUUUUGAUCUGCCGGAGUAAGAUGGAGAGGUUUGCACAUCUUGUCAUCUUAGUAUCCUUGUCAGAUGCCUAUGCCUCAAAUAAUGUUGCAGUGGUAUAUGGGAUCGAAGGGGAAUCAGUCUCCAUCAACUGUACCUACAGUCCCAAGGAGAAUCAGUGGAGAGAAAAGAACUGGUGCAGACACAUCAGCAACACAGAGUGUCAGCAUGUUGUCACUGCCCGGCGUUUUUGGAUGCCAUUCCUCAAGAGGAGAAAUGGCACCACUUCCAUCGCUGACGACAUCCAGAAAGGGAUCCUCACAGUGACCAUCAACCCACUGAAGGAGGAGGAUGCUGGAUUGUAUCAGUGUAAUACAGACUUCUUGGGGAGUGUUAGAAUUCUGCACAAGGUGAAGCUGAAGGUUCUGAGAGCAGGCACAAGGGAGAUUGAGGUACCAGAGAUGGCUAGAGCAGCACACAGCUACUCCAGCACCCUAGGAGAUUCUGGAGUCAGUCUCCACUUCCUCGUAGCUGGAUUCCUGGGUUUCAAAUUCCUGGUUGUCAUAUUCCUCUUGAUUAUUGCCUGGAACCAGAAGAACAGACGUUUGGAGGAUGGCAGCAGAAGAGAAAAUGAACACCAGCUCCUCUCAGUAACAGGAAAUGGUUGGAAUAACUAGAUGUGAUGGAAGGAAGGCAAAGAACAAGUAAGAAUUCACUAACAGGUUCAUGGAUGUGGCGCCAGCAGAUACAAACUGGAUUAAAAAGACCUGUUUGCUUUAUCCUUUUACCACAUGCUCAGCACAAGGACUGCUAUGGUUUCACUUGCAAAGCCAAGUUGUGCUGGCAAAACAAAGUCAACUGCUUCGCUAUCAUGAAUAAAAGAGUUGUGACACAUAGGGGCACUUUUAACCAUAUUGUAUUGGGAACAGCGUAAUAACUGUAAGGGAUCUCCUCUCUAACACCUUUUCAAAAUGUAUCUAAUAAUAAUUGUUACAAUAACAAAAAUAAAUUCUUUUG